AUGGACCAACAACUGUCUGGCCAGAGCAACAGGCCCCUCACCAAGCCUGCCCACUCGCUGGAGAGGGGCGACGUAGUGCAACAGCUCGAGGCCGAUGUUGAGAAUGGCCUCGCCACCCCCGCCGCCCAGCAACGCCUGCAGGACUACGGUCGUAAUGAGCUCGACGACGGUCCGGGCGUCCAGCCUGUCAAGAUCCUCAUCAGACAAGUCGCCAACGCCAUGAUGCUGGUCCUGAUCCUGGCCAUGGCCGUGUCUUUCGGCAUCAGAUCUUGGAUCGAGGGGGGUGUCGUAUGUGCCAUUAUUAUCUUGAACAUCGUCGUCGGCUUCUUUCAGGAAUAUCAGGCCGAGAAGACGAUGGACUCGCUGCGCUCGUUGUCUUCGCCUACUGCCAACGUCGUUAGGGAUGGAGUGACUGUAAACGUCCCCACCGCUGAACUCGUCCCGGGGGAUCUCGUCGAACUUAAAGUUGGCGACACUGUCCCGGCAGAUCUCAGAAUCAUCGAGAGUAUCAACUUCGAGACGGACGAGGCGCUUCUUACCGGAGAAUCCUUGCCGGUUGCAAAGAACGAGGAGACGAUCUUUGACGAAGACACAGGUCCUGGAGAUCGAUUGAAUGUUGCCUUUGCCUCCUCCAAUGUCACCAAGGGUCGCGCCAUGGGCGUUGUCUACGCGACUGGGAUGCACACGGAAAUUGGAUCCAUUGCUGCGGCUCUCCGACAGACAGAUUCUAAGAGACGGCCUAUCAAGAGAAGGGAUGAUGGAACAGCACACCCUCUGCGACACGUCGAGUCGUGGACCCUGACCUUUAGCGAUGCGGUAGCCCGCUUCCUAGGGAUAAACGUCGGCACACCGCUUCAGCGCAAGCUCUCUCGGCUAGCCAUUCUCCUGUUCGGCAUCGCUAUCGUCUGCGCCGUCAUAGUACUAGGUGCGAACCGGUUUUCCAGUAACCCCCAGGUCAUUAUCUACGCUGUUGCCACCGGCCUUUCUAUGAUUCCUGCCUCGCUGAUAGUCGUCUUGACGAUUACUAUGGCGGUCGGGACGAAGAGGAUGGUCCAACGACACGUCAUUGUUCGGAAUCUCAAAUCGCUCGAGGCCCUCGGCGCCGUUACUGACAUCUGCUCUGAUAAAACGGGAACCCUGACGCAGGGGAGAAUGGUGGUGAAAGAGUGCUGGGUCCCUACGCGUGGAACCUACUCUAUUGAGAAUUCCAAGGAGCCCUUCAACCCGACGCUUGGUGUUCUAAGGCUCUCCCGGUCACCGCCUAUCGCCCACGGAUCGGAGAAGGGGGUUGAAGACGAUAGAAUUUCUUAUUCGGAUUCCCUCAAAGACAACGUUGAGUUGUCGGAUCUCAUCAAGAUCGCUUCUCUCGCCAACAUCGCGCGUGUCCACAAGAACCAAGAGGGUGAAUGGACCGCCAUAGGAGAUCCGACCGAGAUCGCCAUGCAAGUCUUCGCCUCCCGCUUCGAUUGUAACAGACAGCAAUUCUUCGAUCCUCGGAGCCCUCGGCUUAGGCAGAUGAGCGAAUAUGGUUUCGACUCGGACGUGAAGAAGAUGUCGGUCAUCAUAGAGGAUCUUGCAACGAAUGAGCAGACGGUCUAUAGCAAAGGGGCAGUAGAGCGGAUCCUCGAGUGCUGCACCCGGAUCAGGUGGGACGGCCCCGAGGAGGUCGAGAUCACCGACGCGAUUAAGGGCGAGAUCUUGGCCAACACCGAAGCUCUAGCCACGCACGGGCUCCGUGUGCUCGCCCUGGCUAGCCGGCCAUACGACCCCCGGAGCGGGCGUCGCGCAUCCCGCGAGGGACCCCCCCCGCGGGACCAGGUCGAACGCGACCUCAUUUUCCGCGGGCUCGUCGGGCUGUACGACCCGCCGCGGCCGGAGUCAGCCGACGCCGUGCGCAGCUGCCACCGGGCGGGUAUCAAGGUACACAUGCUAACGGGUGAUCACCCGGGGACCGCGCGCGCGAUAGCGGCACAGGUUGGCAUUCUGCCGCGGGUCACGGGCGACCUCUCAGAGCGCGCGGCGAAAUGCAUGGUAAUGACGGCGCGUGAGUUUGAUAAGCUGACGGACGACGAGCUCGACCGGUUGCCGGCGUUACCCCUCGUCAUCGCCCGCUGCACCCCGGCCACCAAGGUCCGCAUGAUCGAGGCGCUGCGCCGCCGCGACGCCUUCAUGGCUAUGACUGGUGACGGUGUCAACGACUCCCCCUCGCUCAAGAUUUCCGACGUCGGCAUCGCCAUGGGCCAGAGCGGCUCCGACGUCGCCAAGGACGCCUCCGAUAUCGUGCUGACCGACGAUAACUUCGCGUCGAUACUCAGUGCUAUCGAGGAGGGCCGCCGCAUGUUCGAUAAUAUUCAGAAGUUCAUCCUGCACCUCUUAGCCGAGAACAUCGCGCAGGCCUGCACGCUCCUCGUCGGACUCGCUUUUAAGGACCGCUCCGGGCUCUCCGUCUUUCCGUUGGCACCCGUCCAGAUCAUGUGGAUCAUCAUGGUAACGUCCGGCAUGCCCGAUAUGGGUCUCGGCCUAGAGAUCGCUGCUCCCGAUAUCCUGGACAGGCCUCCGAUCUCUCUCAAGGCCGGGGUUUUUACAUGGGAGGUCUGUUUCGAUAUGCUCGUGUACGGUCUCUGGAUGUCCGCGUUGUGCCUUUCCUCGUUCCUCUUAGUCGUAUACGGGUUUGGCGACGGGAACCUAGGCGAAGGCUGCAACGAGGCCUAUUCGGAGGCCUGUGACACCGUAUUCCGGGCCCGUACGACCACAUUCGUCAGCCUAACCUGGUUCGCGCUCUUCCUGGCGUGGGAAAUGGUCAAUAUGCGCCGUAGCUUUUUCCGCAUGCAGCCUAAGAGCAAGCGAUACUUUACGCAGUGGGCGUACGAUGUCUGGCGAAACCCGUUCCUCUUCUGGGCAGUGAUAGCAGGCUUCAUUACCAUCUUCCCCACGAUCUACAUUCCGGUGCUGAAUCACCAAGUCUUCAAGCAAGCCCCGAUUUCUUGGGAGUGGGGAGUGGUAUUCGUGGAGGGUAUCGUCUUCUUCAUGGGCUGUGAGCUGUGGAAGUGGGGCAAACGGAUCUUCUUCCGCCGCCGAGCAAAGAAGAUGGGCUACACCCCCGAGGACAUGGAAAAACUCGCAUUUUCCCAAUUCACGACGAUGGAGCGCACGGGUCAGGACGAGUUCCGGAAGGGAAGCCAAUGA